AUGUCGGGAAAAGGAGCGAAAGGUCUGAUAAUGGGGAAAUCCUCCUCAUCCCUGAACGGGGCAAACAAGGACAAGGACAAAAAGAAGCCCGUCUCUCGAUCCUCUCGCGCUGGUCUUCAGUGUGCAAUUUUGAAGUUACUGCCUUACUUGAGCCUUGAGUUCCCAGUGGGUAGGGUUCACCGUCAACUGAAGACAAGGGUUGCAGCUAAUGGCAGGGUUGGAGCAACAGCUGCUGUUUAUACAGCAGCCAUAUUGGAGUAUCUGACCGCUGAAGUACUAGAGUUGGCUGGCAAUGCAAGCAAGGAUCUGAAGGUAAAGCGCAUAACACCGAGGCAUUUGCAGCUUGCCAUCCGGGGGGACGAAGAACUUGACACCCUCAUCAAAGGAACCAUAGCUGGUGGUGGAGUCAUCCCUCACAUUCACAAGUCACUCAUCAAUAAAUCUUCCAAAGAUUGA